GGGCUAGAGAAGAAGAAUGAAGAAAAUGGUGAAAUUUGAACGGUUUGUAUUCACUUUAAAUUUUUUCAAUUUCUAGUGCGUGUCUCUUCAGCUGACCUGUCUUCUCUCUCCUCUUUUUUUAUUUUUAUUUUUAUUUUUUCCUCCAUUUUUACUUCACUGACACACUCUUCCUUCUUCUCAAUCUUCCCCUAACUUCUUCCUCGAUUUCCCUCUUUUCUCUUUCAAAUUUCCCCUCUUUCAAUUUCAAUUUCCCCCAAAUUCAAUUCAAUCUUCAAUUUCAGCUCAACUUUUUCUGUUAUCAUUUUCGAUUUUCCUACUGUUUCAGCUAAUUUUAGGGUUAUCUUCUUCUUUUCGAUGUUUGUUUCCAUCUUUUCUUCUUCUAGGGAUUUGAUCGUUUUCCCCACUUUCAAGUACCAUCGAUUUUGAUAUGAUCGUCUUCUUCUUUGCUUCGAUUGUUUGAUGAUUUCGCUAUUUCUGAUCAUUCUAGGGUUUAUUGUGGAUUGAUCUUAUUGCUACUGUUCAUUCAGGGAGCUUUGGCCGAGCUGAGAAAUUCUAGAAGAUGUUGUAUAUAUGGAAAUAAGCCUGAGCCAAAACUUGAAGAUAUCACUAGAUCAGAUCUGGUCUAUGCCAGGGCCUUGAAAUUAUAAAUUGGCAAUGAAGGUGACAGAAACUGCACAAAUUCCCACCAAACAAUUUGAAGAGGCUAUUUGGUCUAGGAAGCACUACUUAGACACUGCUAGGGGACACUACUUGAGUGCACUUGCUGGGCUGAGUGGUGGAAAGCAAGUGCAAACCAAAAUUUCUCCCAAUAGUGAUUCUCCUUUGCUUUUGGAAGACCAUGUUUGCAACCAAGCAGCAGAAGCUGAACAAGCAUCUACUCCAGAACAAGAAGUGCCGGAAAAGACCUUUUCUGAUAUGGAUGUACAGAUGCAAGUGCCUAACAGAGUCCUCAAAGCAUCUGAAAGGGAUUUGGAGGCUGUGAAGUUACAAUUUAUUAAAACUCUUGCAAGAAAUACUAAAUCCCAAAUUACGGAAAUGAUCUGUAAACUUGGGAGUUUAGGAAAUGAAAUGGACAUCAAUGAUGCUGCCAAUUUUAAUAUUACAAGGACCGUCUCAUCAGAGUCUGAUGAUGCUAAGCAGCCACUGCCAAAGACAGCGGUAGAGAGGAGCUCCCUCCACAGGAUGGUAGAGUCUCUUAAAACUAAACUUGAAAAUUUGAAGAAAGAACAUGCAGAACUAAGUGAUAUUGAUGCAGGAGCAGAAUCUGCUGCUAGGAAUCUGCAUUUUAGUCUCUUUAGAAGUGAACCUGAGAAAGGAGAUUGUUUUGCUAAUAGAAUUAAAGCUAGAGAAACUUCCGAAGAAGUAAUUCAGGAUAAAGAUGAUACAUAUGAUCUGAAUAUUAAAGCAAGAGGUCUGAAAAGGGAACAAGAUGCUGCUAAAUUUUCUGAAAAAGUGGUGAAGAGGCCAAGAAUUGCGCACGAUGUUGACAAAGAAAAUGAUUGUAUAGUGAGCUCGGUUGAUCUGGCUAAGAUCUUUCCCGAGAAAAUUCAUCCUGCAUGCUUGUCGACAUCUGAGUCUAGUGCCCGUGUCAUGAUUUCUGAAGAUGAGCUUGAGUCAUCAAGCCAGCAAGUGGAGAAGUCAGAUAAGUUAGAUAGAGGAAGUUUGAUUGCAACAACGGGAGGAGUUGAGGGGGAAAAUUGUGACUAUGCUUCUGAAUUCUCCAUCCGAGACUUUGUCUUUUCUGCUCGGAAUAGAGAUAUCAGCUUGAAUUGGCCCUUUUCGCAGAAAAAUUUGCAACUUUGUCUAAAGCAUGGUGUAAAGGAUGUACUGCCUCCUUUUCAGCCUACGGAUCCAUUGAGAGAUACUUCCAUGAAUAAUUGCUCAGCUGAGAAAAUCUUGCACAGUGAAGAAAGUAAUGUCGACGAGAAGCAGCCAAUGCUGAAAAAUCAUAUUGUAUCUGACACUAUACUGGAACUGGAUCAUUCGUGGAACCAGGAUCUUGCUGAAGGCUACAGGGAUUCAGAUUCAUUUCCAAUUGGAGGGGAAGGAGGUUUGGUAUUCAAGACUAUUGCGACUGCGAAUUGUCAAUCAGAAGUGGAGUCGGUUUCCACGAGCAAUCUCCCCUUGUCGGAAGUGUCCGAUGAACGAGAAGCUGCAGGUUCAGCUGCUAACAAGACAAACAGCUCAGCCUCACAACUGUCUAGCAAGAAGGUUAAAGUGGCAGUGAAGAUACGUGUUAGCAGUAAACGUAAUACACCUGAAGAUAUUACAUCUGCUUGUACCGGCCCUCCUGAAACAAUUUCUUCGAAGAUUUGCCCUGUAUGUGAAAAUUUUUCAUCAUCUUCAAAUACCACUUUGAAUGCCCAUAUUGAUCAAUGUCUUUCUUCACAAUCUCCUCCAAUCUGGAUGAAGAGUUCUAAGUUAAUGAAGCCUCGAAUAAAGCCAAGAAAGAUAAGAUUAAUGACGGAUAUCUGUGCAACUGCCCCUUCCUGCACAUUAGAAGAUUUGGAUAGAAGAAAUGGUACUAACUGGGCCACUAAUGUAGAUUUCCCCUUGGAAGAGGCUGAUGUGCCUUCUGAACAGAUUAGUCCUGUAGUAUCAUCCAAAUAUCUUGUACAAAAUGUUGAUGAUGGUUCUGUUUAUAUUGAUUCAAGUGGAAGGAAAAUAAGGAUUCUUUCAAAGCUCAAUGAUACGUCUACAUCAUCAUUUUCUAAAGCUAGGGAGGAUCCAAGACCAAAGAAGCAAUCAAGAAAGGCCAAGAGAAGCAAAGUUAUUUCACCAAAUAGGAAAAAGCGUCUUGCGAAACAUUUGAAGUUUCUCAAAGUCACUCGCCAAAGAAAAAGAUCUCUCUCCUUCAAUGUCAAGGGCCGAUCCUCUGAAGCCUGUGGACUUGAAGAAGCUAUGCAUGCAGUAGGAGACAAGCAACAAACAGCCUCAUUUGUUAAGGGAUUAGAAGCUGAAGAACAUAACAAUCCUGGUAAUUCUGGAGCCAUCAUUAAGCUUUCAAGGUGUGAGCAUCAAGCAGCAAAGGACUCGCUCAUUGGAAAUGACCAAGUUGGUAGUACUGAAGUGGAGCCCAGGGGGGUACCUGUCAAGAAUUUUCCAAAGAGAUCUCUCUCCUCAAUGCAAAAUAACACGAGGACUCAUACUAUUUACCCUGCUGGGGUGGACCAGAGGAGUGAGGGUUCUUGUAGAGUAAGGAUGCUGGGGGGCCGUUCACUGAGAGGUGCAAUCCGAGGAAAUAGAGAGGCAUUGCCGGUAUCUUUGAAGCCGAGAUCUGCUCAGUUUAAUAGGAAAAUGACCAAGGAAUCUACACCAAAGUCUUCAGACUCAACUAUGGCUCCAGCUCCUCCCCUUGAAAGAGAAGCUGGCAUCCAACCUAAUGCUUUGCAAAAGGCUGAUGUUUCUUUUCCUGCUACCAGGGGACUGCUACAUAGUUGUCUUGGUGGUUCAUCUGAAAGAAUGAGACCAUGCAAUUCAAAGACUACCCUUUUACCCAAUGACUCGUUUGUUCGUGCAUGUCAGGCUAAUUCUGAUAAAAUGGGAUCAGCCCUUGAAAACUCUUGUGAUUUCAGUGGAGACGAAGAAACUGAAGCAUGGCCUACUGGCGCUAAUCAGCAGUCUGGUGCUGCAAUUGACCACCCAAAAGGCCCCAGAAUUGCCGAGACUUUUGGCAGAAGUGGCAUGGUCGAGGUACUACAAAAGCAAGCAUCAGAGUAUGGUGAGAAUGGAUCAAAAGAUACCAACAGUAAUGAUGAUCUUGUUGAUGGUGCACAUGGUAAUUAUAGUUCUCUCUCUUUGAAAGGUCUUCACAAUGAUAGGGAGUUUAUUGCUUCAGUUUCAUCUUCCACCUUGGCCAUUGGAGUAAUUGAAAGAAGUUUGAGGACAACUUUUGAUCCUGAGCUUGAAAAAGUUGCUGAUGUAUCCCAGUCUAAAUUACUCCAAUGUUCAGACAAAUUUCAUGGUUCUUUAUACAGGGCUGAAGUUAGGAGUAAUUCAACUCAUCCUGGUUUAAAUGACGAGCAUAAUAUGUUUCAUGGAAACAUAGCAGAUGCUCAGAGAUUGGAGCCGAAGACAGGAGAUUACAUUCUCAAUUUUGGUCAUGGAUUUCUUUUUCCUGAAGUUGAUCCAAUACCCAUUCCAGGACCACCUGGAUCAGAUUUGCCUAGUUUCAGUGAUAUGGGCUCUGAAGAUCUACAUAGAAGUUCACUGAGUAACAGUUUGGUACAACCAUCAGGGGCUAAUGAUAAUGUGGCUGAUGGAGACCUAUCAGAGUCCCCAUUUUCUGCCACAUCCACUAUCUCAAACUUGGGUAGAAGAACAGAUAAUGUUACAGUCAAUGGACAAGAAUCUUUAAGUGUGUCUCUUUCUGCAUCUGAUAGUAUUUAUCCAGGGUGGUUUGGUUCCUCUGGACCUUUACCAGGGAUUUCAACAGAAUCUUCACGAUUUCCUGCUGCUGCAAGUGAAAGGGCUACUUGUGUUUAUAGUUCAGAAAAUGGCAUGGUUGAUAUAGGUAGAGGCCCUCCAAUGCUAAAUCGCGAUAUCCAGCAAUGCUGUUGUUCCCAAAAAGAAGAGACUACGCAAAGCACUGUGACUUCUCAGGAAUCUCAGCUUCUACAAUGGAGACCAACAUCGCCGAAGAGUUUUCCCAGAGGAAAUUAUAUGUAUUCUACUUUAGAUGGACACUCAAUUGAUCUUGAUGACCGAAGUGCAGUGUUUUCUUCCAGCAGCUUCCAUAAGACAGAGUCGGUGAACUUAGCUCACUCUGUAGAAACUUCACAUCAGAGUAUUACAUCUCUGGAGAGCUCUUUAGAAGCAGCCGAUCCAUUUCCAAGAUCUGGUGAGUACGGUUCUACAAGUCCAGCUCCAAUCCUCCGGUUAAUGGGCAAGGAUUUAAUGGUCAGUAAUCAGGUGGAUGCUGAUCUUUCAAGGUCUCAGGCUGCCAUAAAUGUCAAUGUUAGUAAAUUGGUAAAAAGUUGGGAACCUCAGUCUUCUCAGAGUCCCACUUUUAUGGGACCUCUUCCUCAUGGCCAAGAUCCUGAUAUUUUGCCUGUGCGACAUUUCAAUGUUGGGCCAUCAAAUGUGAUGCAUAGCUUCGGAAGCCAUAACCCAGCAUCAGAAGGCAUGUACCUCAACGAACACACGCAUGCUAGUUUCUCUGUGCUUGGAGCAGGGCUGUUGCGAAGAUGAAUUUGUAAGCUUUGAUGUUCAAGGUCAAUCCGAGGAGAAAAUUUCAUCAAGAAAUACGACAACAUAGAGUUUGGAGAUCACAAGAUUUAUAGUGAGUUGGAUGUUUCGAUGUUUGAAGAUGAAGUUAAGGAGCAAACUUCAUUAGAUGACACAAGACUACAUGGUUGAGGCAGGGUUCCUCUAGAAAACUUUGCCUAUUUAAACGGACAACACUUGAAAGGACCAUCUCUAUGAAAUUUGGGGUUUCAUAGUCUCGGAAGCAAAACUUUCAUGAACUUGGCCUAUGUAUGUCACAAUCAUUCAUGUCCAACUUGUUGAGCUAGAAAAUAAUUUAUAAAAAGGUUUACACUAAAAGAAGAUAUUCACAAUUGUUUGCAAAUUGCAACAACUUGCUUGUAUUUUUACGAGGAUUCUACCUAAUCAAAACUCCUCACCAGUCAACCAAA